GAGCCCAAGACAGUCACUGUCAAGUUGAAGUUCACUCUCAGUUGCUCUAAUCUCUUAAACAAGAAUAACACAACAUGUCUGGACGUGGAAAAGGAGGCAAAGGUCUCGGAAAGGGAGGCGCCAAGCGUCACAGGAAGAUCCUUCGUGACAACAUCCAGGGAAUCACCAAGCCCGCCAUUCGUCGUCUUGCUCGCCGUGGUGGUGUCAAGCGUAUCUCUGGCCUCAUCUAUGAGGAGACACGAGGUGUACUGAAGGUCUUCCUCGAGAAUGUCAUCCGUGAUGCUGUCACUUACACAGAGCAUGCCAAGAGAAAGACAGUCACUGCUAUGGAUGUCGUCUAUGCUCUGAAGAGGCAAGGACGUACACUCUAUGGUUUCGGAGGGUAAACAUCUCAAGCCCCCAACCACUGAACUUCUAUACACCAUCUUUUCAACCGGCUCUUUUCAGAGCCACCCAUUUCUAAAAGAUCCUUAACUUGAUCAUUAUUUUAUCUCUUGUUUGAUAAGAAAUGUUUAUUCAGUCACAAAUUUGCAAACUAAA